ACGCGACCGCGUCAUACGAGCUGUAAGACUUAGCGCGGAACCCCACAUUUUCCAUGGAUAGCUCGUCGGCAUCUCACCAAAGCUCCAGCUCGCAACCCCACAUGCCGAUAUAUCAAAGACACCUCCUCCGUGGAAAUUAAAUCAUGUCAGCAGCUUUGUGUUCCUUUCUUCGAGACCCUCUCCGUCUUCAGCUUCAUCUUUUGAAAUAUCCACCAUGACGUUCGACGAGUUGAGAGAGAAGGUUACCCCAAAGAACCCAAGUCGCGAAACUUCGCCCAACCGCGGGACCUCCUUGCCUCAAGACACCGCUAUUCCCGACACCCGUAAAUCCCUCCGUGACUGGCAGUCAGAAAACAACAUCGACGGCGAUGCCCAGGUCAAAAUCCGCCGUAUCGCACACAUGCGAUACCAACACCCCGACCUCGCCGAGAUAACAACCUUCCUCCGUGACUUUGGCAUGAGCGUGGCGAAGAAGAGCGAGGGAAAGCGUUGGUUUACGGGGUAUGGACCGGAUCAGUACGUGUACUAUGCGCAGCAGGGGGAGAAGAAGUUUCUAGGAGGCACGUUCGAGGUAGAGAGUUUUGCGGAGCUAGGAAAAGCAGCAAAGAUACCUGGCGCCUCACCCAUCGAGGAACUCACGGACGCCCCCGGCGGCGGCCACAUGGUCACCCUCACCGACCCCGAAGGCUUCCCGAUCAACCUGAUGUACGGGCAGCAGCCCAAAGAACCUGGCCCCAUGCCCGAAAUCCUAACCACCAACUACGAAGUCGAGAAGCCGCGCGUAGCACGCUUCCAGCGCUUCAAGCCCGGCCCCGCAGCCGUACAUAAGCUCGGCCACUACGGCCUCUGCGUGCAGAACUUCCAGGCGCAGCUCGACUUCUACACCCGGGAAUUGAACUUCGCCCCCACGGAUUUCUUGUACGUGGAUGCCGAGGAUGGCACGAGAAAAGACGUCGCCGUCUUCCUCCACAUUGAUAUCGGCCAGGACUUUACCGAUCAUCACACUUUCUUCAUGAGCACAAAUCCCACCUCGCAUGUUCACCACUGCAGCUUCGAAGUCCACGAUUUCGACUCGCAGAACCUCGGCCACGAAUGGCUCGUUUCGAAGGGCUACAAGUCCGUCUGGGGUGUCGGCCGCCACAUCCUCGGCAGCCAGCUGUUCGACUACUGGUGGGAUACCACGGGCAACAUGGUCGAGCACUACGCGGACGGCGAUCUCGUGAACGAAGAUACACCCGUGGGGUGGGGAGCGGCGGGGGACGAGAGUCUGGCGGUUUGGGGGCCUGACGUGCCGAAGUGGUUUUUGGAUUAGAGGUUAGUGGUUAGAGGGAGAAGGCCAGAUGAGGGAAUGAUUAUGAGAGAGGGAAGUGAAGGAGGGAAUAGUAUGGAUGGAUUGAUCGGACUCGGUGAGAGAAGAGGGGGGUGGGAUGUUGAACGAUGAUGAUGAUGAUGAUGAUGACUACUGGAAGCUUGACUGCGUCUCUUUCCAAGUUGG